AUGAGCAGCGGCGACGGCAAUCAGGCCGGCGGCGCGGGGCGAGGAGGAGGAGGGGGAGGAGGAGGAGGACCCGUGCCGUCUUCGGGAUUUCCGUCUGCCGGCCGGCCCAUGGGCAUGGGCGCGCCGCCGUCCACGUCAGGCUAUGCGAGCGCGCCUCCGCCUCCCAUGGGGAUGCGAGCCAUGCCCCCGCCAGGCAUGCCAAUGCAUCACUUCAUCUUCAUGCGCCCACCCCCGGGAGCCCCAAUGCACCACUUCCGCCCGCCCCCCGGCGCCUCCCCCCUCCCUUUCCCCUUCCCGGGAAUGCCCCGCGCGCCCAGCCCCUUCCCCCACGCGCUGGCGCGUCCGCCCUCCCUCCCCCCGCCCAACAUGCGCCUCCCCGCGCCCCCGCACGGGGGAGGCGCGCCUCUGAGCUCGUUUCUGGCUGCUGCUGCGUUGAGGGGAGGGGCAGGCGCGGGGGGAACUGGGGGAGCGGGGGGGGAGAAGGCGCAGACGACUGUGUAUGUGGGGAAGCUCGCGCCCUCUGUUGAUGACACGCUGGUGGUUAAGCUGCUGGAGCUGUGCGGGCCGCUGAGGAGCUGGAAGCGGGCGGCGGACCCCACGAGCGGCAGUCCCAAGGGGUUUGGGUUCUGCGAGUUUGACACGGCUGAUGGGGUGCUGCGCGCCCUGCGCCUGCUCAACCGCCGCGAGAUCGAUGGGCAGAACCUGCUGUUGAACGUGAAUGCAGCCACAAGGGAGUACCUAGAGCGGGUGGUAACUUCCAGGAAAGCCUCCUUUGCCGCCCUCGAAGCUUCCCGGAAAGGGGUGGCUGAUCAGGGCAGGAAGGCUGGAGGGGAGGGUGAGGCCGACGGGGAAAAGGCGAAUGGGAAGGACGAGACGAGUGAGGAGGCUGAUGGGGUGAAGGCAGGGGAAGCGGGAGGGGAGGCGAAGAAAGAUGAGGAGGGGAAGGGAGGGAGCAAGGAAGAGGGCAAGGAUGAGAAGGAUGAGGAGGGAGAGGAGAAGGAAGAGGAGGAGAGGAGGAAGGAGGAGGAGGCGAAGGUGUUUGGGCUGGUGACACCUGAAGAUAAGGACAAGGAUGAGGCUGCUCUGGCGAAGCUUAAUGGCAUGCUGCAGGAGAGGGCGAAGCUGCUGCCACCACCACCGCCACCGCCUCUCAAGGAUGCGAGCAAGGAGAAUGACACGUCUGCUGCUGAAUCAAGUGAACAAGGUGACGGGCACAGACGGGAGGGCAGAAAGAGAGAGAGGGAAGAUGCUGAUUCUGACGAUGAUGCUGGCCACGAGCGGGCGAGGGAGGAGGAGGAGGAUGCGAGGGACAGGGAGAAGGAGGAGAGGGAGAGGGAGGAGGCGAAGGAGAGGGAGGAGCAGCAGAGGAGGGAGGCAGUGGCGUUUGUGAGCGAGGUGGUGGGGGAGGCCAGUGUGCUGCUGGGAGGCCAAGCUGCUGGUGCAGCAGGUGCGGAGGCAGCAGCACUGGGGGGUAUGGCGGGUGAUGAAGGUGGGGUGGGUGGUGCAGACGGAAUUGGAGCAGGCGGGUUGAUCAAGAGCGAAGCGACCAAUGGUCUCGCAGACCUCCUGCCGUCCCUCCACCCGCCUUCUGCCGCUCCUAUUGCAGCGGCUGGGUCCCCUGGAGGGGCGCAGGCAGGGCAGGUGGCGGGAAGCGAGGGAGCAGGGGGGUCGCGGCAGGGAGGGAGGGGCAGGGAGUCGGAGGUGGAUGCGCUGGUGCGAGCCGUGGCUGCCCAUGCCAAGGACAGAGAGGGUCGAGCAGCACCCGCACCGUCCAAGAAGUCGCGCACGCUGGCAUCGGUGUUCGGGGCAGAGGAGGACGAGGAGGAGCUGGCACGCAAGAAACUUCGCCCUCUCGUUCCCAUCGACUAUGACGAUGGGGGUAGCGAUGGUGCUGCUGGCACUGCUGCUGCUGCUGCCGGUGGUGGUGGGCAUGGGGGUUCCUCUCUCGCCCCCCCAGCUGCUGCUGCUGCUGCUGGUGCAGGAGGUCUGGCGGCCAGCAUUGCUGCGGCGGCUGAGUUUGCCAAGCGACUGUCGCAGGGAGGCGGGCCGGGCAAGGAGGAGGAGAGGAGGAGGAGCGGAGGGGGAGAGGCGGGUGCAGGUGGGGGAGAGAAGGAGAAGGCGGGACCGAAGGCGGUGGUGGAUGUGAAGUCGCUGAUCGACUCCAUUCCCAAGAGCAAGGACGAGCUCUUUGCCGUUCCCAUCAACUGGACCGUCUAUGAUGAGAGCGCCCUGCACCAGCGCAUGCGGCCGUGGGUGGCACGGAAGAUCCGGGAGUUCCUGGGGGAGGAGGAGCCCACGCUGGUGGACUUCAUUCUCUCCAAGACGCAGCAGCACGUGGGCGGGGCCGCGCUGCUGGGGCUGCUGGAGCCGAUACUGGACGAGGAGGCGGAGAUGUUUGUGCUCAAGAUGUGGCGCAUGCUCAUCUUUGAGAUCAGGCGCGUUGAGAUGGGGCUCACUGGGAAGGCUGGCGCUAAGUAG